AUGUCAUUAAACGAUUCGGCAUCUUCAGACGCUCAUACCGUUGACUCCAAGUUGCUGGAAUUGAAUUUGAACAAUGAUCAACAAAAUGACCCCCACACCACGACAAAUAAUAAUUCCGCUAAUCAACAACAGAAUGAGUCCAAGAGCGACUUGAAGAACAGUUCGGGAAAUGCACCUGAGGGUCUUGCUUCGCCUCCCACCCCAACUCCACGUUUACCCACAUCUCUAUCAGCAUCUAACCACCCCUUGCUCAAUAGUGACAUGCAAGCCAGAUUAAUGGCUUUUCAGCAAAGACGCUCAAAGCCUGCUUCAGAACCAGUCAAUGCAUUCGAUCCUAAUCUCCUACAACCACCAGCACCCCAGAGCACUGCAGGGUCCAAUAGCGACUCAAUCCUUGAAACUGUGGUUCAUAAUACAACCGUGGAAACUAUGGCUCCCUCCGCAGCUGUCGAUAAUGCCGCAAAAAACUCAUCAACUCUCAAUACCGAGAAUACAAAUACGGGUAUAAACAAUGAUAACGACUCCAGUAAUAACAACAACAACAACAGCAACAACCACACCGCCAAUACGAAUGAUUAUAACAACAGUACAGUCACAAACUCAUCACAAGCUCCACCAUCGAUAGCUCCACCAUCACUAAACAUGCCUGACCGUUCCAACCCAGUGGCCCUGAAGCUGAAGUCUGUCAAUAAUGUUCCAGUGGCUGCUAGUUUGGGUAAAAAACCCUCUUUAUCACAAAGAAGAGGAAUGAAGCUAAACACCAGUGCAAUGCCAUUCAAUAACCCACUUGGCUCCCCAAGCAACUUAUCUCCAGGUGCAUCUACAAACAAACCUAUAAAUUCUACAGGAGUUUCUCCUAGGGAAGAGUCUAACUCUCCAUUUGCAAUGUCAAUGGGCAAACAAUUUGGGCAAAACGAAUUGUCCAGGCGAUUAUCGGAGAGAAAGAAGAAACCGAAUUUCAAACUCAAUUUAAGCGAUUCUUCAUCUUCAACGCCCUCAAGAAACAAUAGUUUAGGAAAGUCAGCGACUCCUUUGUCAAGUGACACUUCUCAAAGAUCAUCGGCCUCGUCUGCAGAUCUGAAAGAAGAACCACAAUUACAAGGUUUAUUCGCCAACUAUUCUAAAUACAUUGAUAUCAAAUCAGGACAACUCAAUUUUGCAGGUAAAGCAUCUCUACAUUCAAAAGGUAUCGAUUUCCUGUCGGGGUCCUCGUUUCGUGUUUCGCUUGAAGAAUUUGAAUACUUGGAAGAACUAGGGCGUGGUAACUAUGGGUCGGUGCUGAAAGUUUUGCACAAACCUACCAAAGUGCUCAUGGCAAUGAAAGAAGUUAGACUCGAGUUGGACGAGACCAAAUUCACCCAGAUCUUGAUGGAAUUGGACAUUCUUCAUAAAUGUGUCUCACCAUAUAUUGUUGACUUUUAUGGAGCCUUUUUCGUUGAAGGUGCCGUAUACAUGUGCAUUGAAUACAUGGAUGGUGGAUCACUUGACCAAAUAUUUGGUAACAAUAUUGGUAUCAAAGACGAAGCAGUUUUGGCGUACAUUACAGAAUCCGUUACUAGAGGCUUGAGAGAAUUGAAGGAUAAUCACAACAUCAUUCACAGAGAUGUUAAGCCAACCAAUAUCUUGGUGAAUUCUGCUGGUAAAGUGAAACUUUGUGAUUUUGGUGUUUCGGGGAAUCUUGUGGCAUCAAUGGCAAAGACCAAUAUAGGAUGUCAAUCCUACAUGGCCCCGGAGAGGAUCAAGAGUACCCGACCGGAUGAUGCGACGUACUCAGUUCAAUCUGAUGUUUGGUCACUUGGUUUAACGAUUUUGGAAAUUGCAUGUGGUCAUUACCCCUACCCUGCAGAAACAUACGGAAAUAUCUUUUCACAGUUGAGUGCUAUUGUUGAUGGCGAGCCACCAAACCUAGAUCCUCAAGUAUUCUCCAAGCAAGCACAAUUUUUUGUCAAAAGUUGUCUCAAUAAGAACCCCGAUCUCCGCCCGUCUUAUGGUGCUUUGCUUCAAAACCCUUGGCUUGUUGAGUAUAGAGACAAGAAGACGCAUCUCGAUGAACUAGUGCAAAAUAGAAUUAACGAAUUGAAGGCAGAAAAGAAAGGAGGUAACAAGACGAGUGCUACAGGUGGUGGUGCUGCAAGUGCCGACUCUAUUGGUUCCGCUGGAAAUAGUAACAAGAAUGCAGCUGCUAUUCCCGCCAAGGCUGCAAAUAGUGAGAAUGUAAGUUCCUUAUUGAAGGGCAAGGUUAGGGCACCGGCAUUACACAGAGGUGGUCUUCAAUCAGUGAAUAGAAGCUUUUUGAAUCGUUGA